AUAUUGAUGGAACAGAUGGUGAAGAUGAUACUAGUGGAACAGAACUGGAUUCGACUCCUUCAACAUCGGCAUGUGCUCAUGCUGAAAUUCCUAUUUGUCCUUGGAUUGAAAUAGCUGCUGAAAAAUUGCCAAAAUUAGAAUUACCAAGCAGCAGUUGUGAUCUUCUUAUUCAUUCGCAUUAUCUUUUUGAUGCAUUAGAGGUAUAUGAAACUUGUCGAUGUUAUUAUCGUUCCGUCCGAAUAUCACCAUUUUUGUUUGAAGAUUUCUGUGCAGCUUUGCAAGCGGAAGAGCAAACGAAUUUACUCGCCGAAAUUCAUAUAGCGCUUCUUAAAUUAGCGCUGAAAGAUGAUGAGGAUGAUCAAAUAUUAUUAUCAGUUCAGGAUACAAAUAAUAGUUUUAAUAUCAUGAUACAAUUAAUUGAACCGAUGACUUAUGCUGAGGUAUUACGGCAAUAUCUUGAAAGUGAUCCGCUUCGCUUUCCUUCAGAAGUAUUGAAAGCAGCUAGCGGUAAUUAUCCUUUUGUAUCAGUUAAACGGCGGCUUAUUGUUUUAUCAUGGUUAUGCGAUAGGUUUUUGCAUUCGUUAGAAUAUAAAAAUAUCGUACGAAAUGAAGGAAAAAUUUUAUCUGAUGAACACUGUCGAGAAUGUGGUAAACCUGGUGAUGUACUUCUGUGUGAUGGAUGUGAAGCUUGUUAUCAUCUGCAAUGUGCUAAUCUUCUUUCUGUGCCAGAUGGGGAAUGGUUCUGUCAGAUUUGUAUUUUACACCAAGUGCGGGGAGUGACUGGUAUCAAUUCAGCUGAAUUCAAACAUCUACGACAACCUUUGCGAUUAACACCGAUCGGUUAUGAUCGUCAUGGACGUCGCUACUGGUUUUUGGUUCGACGGAUAUUUGUGGAAGAUGAUAUUAAUGGAACAGUUGUAUAUUAUAGCACCUUACCGCAAUUAUAUGAGGUAAUUAAUCUGCUGGCAGUAGAUGAUUUCGAAAAACAUCUUGCAACAGCAAUUUUUGAUCGUUUACAUGAAAUUAGUAGUCAGAUGCGUAUCACAAUGGAACUUACGAACGAAAGAAAUCAAACAAAAACGGAUCCAUAUUUGGUUGCAGAAAACUUGAGGAUUUUGAACGGAAUUUUGAAUAAACCGUUUACGGAAAAGCCGCAUAAUUCGUCUGAAGAAAAAAUCAAUCCAGUUGAUAGUGUUAGGGUGGUUGAAAUAAGUCGACCAGUUUUAUUCUCAGCAUUGGAAGAUGUGCUUGGUUUUCGAUGUGGUUAUCUUGUGGAUACAUUUUGGAGCAACGGACUUAGCGCUGAAAAUAUCCGUUCAAAAUUGGAAAAUGAAGAAGUUCAAAAAACAGUUGCAUCUGUGAUAGAUGGUUACAAAAAUAUCCUAAAGCUAAAGCGAGGUUUCCGAAUUGGCGAUGAUAGACAAGUUAAGCAAUAUGAUAAUCAAUACAGUAUCAAUGAUUAUGCGAAAAGGCCCCAUUUACGUGCCAAGGAGCGUGACAAAAAAAAAUAUAUGUGUGGGAGAUUCUCUUUGGCAGAUGAACAUGCAUUCGAGUGGAACAUACCUAAAAGUUUCGAGCAUACAAAUUCAAUGUCUUCAGUUGGUCUUGUUAUUCAAAAUACUAUCAACAAAGUGGCGACAAAAAUUCCAUCAACAUUAAUGCAUCGUCUCUGGAGGAAAGAUGGAUUAUUGCAAUUCAGAAAGUAUCAGACACCGAUAGCAACGAUUGAUACUUUAAAAAAUGCGUUAUUGGUAUUGGAAUGUGGUAUAAGACGACCAGCUUUGUCCAGUGUUUGGUGGGGAACGCUCGGUCACACAAGGCUCAUCCGGAUAACUGCUGAUGAUCGUGAACGGCGUCUAAAAAUGGAACAACGAAAAAAAAAAGCAGAGCGGGAAUUAUUAUCCGCGGAUGCGGAUGAGGAAUCAGAUGUUAUAUGGGUAAAAUAUGUGCGAACUCGUAUUACUCAUCGCCAUUCUUUAUGGCGUCAAAAAGACGAGCAGUUUCGGAUUAAUGGUCGUGGUGCUCUUGGCGGAUGGCUAUGGGUGUCGAGUACGCUUGUCCGAAGAUUUCUUCCUUUGCCCAUCAAGCCUACAAAAGAAAUUUAUUUGAUCGAUCAAAUAUCAGAGCAUACUUCUAUCGCCGACAAAAAAGCAGUUCGAUUAGAAACAAUUAUAAAAAAAAUUACGAAUUGGCGAAUAGCUGCUGAAUUGAAAUCAAAAUUUGUUUGUUAUUCGCCUUCUUGUCGCCUUGAAUUUUCCGAUAUAUGCAAACAUAAUCGCAAUAUAUCACUGCGACAAUGUUAUAGCUUCUUUUGCAGACAAAAAAGAGCAGAAUUAGAUCUUCAUUCCGAAGAUGUCGUGCAUGCUUAUUCUCCUCAUAUUAAAGAAAUUGAAGUAGAUACGGAAUUGGGUUUGAGCAAACCUUUCCCUUUUCCUACUCAACAUGAUUUUCGUGUUCGACGAACUGGAGCCCAAAGCCUUUUAGUCCUACCUCAGAGAAUAUUGAAACGAUUAGCUCGUCAAGGUGGUCUUAAUUCUUCAUAUGUUGUGCCUGGAUUCAAUAGAACAGCGAAAAGCAAUAGCCAAGAUAUAUGUGUAACAAUACAUCAUCCAGAUUACGAUGAAGUUCGCAAUGUAAUUGGUCAUAAAGAGUGGCCUCCUGAUGGUUCGUAUGAGCAAUACAAAUUGCAAGUACAGUUAUUACCACUCGAUGACAGCAAUGAUAUUUCUGAAGAAAGUGGUCGUGAGGAGGACCAGUAUCGACCCAGUCGUCAAAGUGAUAUCAGUAGAAAAUAUUGGUCGAUAUUAUUAGAUAUGCGGAAACGAAAAUCAACGAAACAUAAAGUUGCUGGUGCAGAUGGAAUGAAUAUUUAUAAAAAAGUAAAAGUAAUUGAGAAAUGGAUUGAUGGUGUCGAUCUAAAGCUGUGGGAAAUCAUAAAUUAUUGGAAAAAAGUGGAACAGAAUGCAAAUUAUCCUUUAAUGCCAGUGUCUCAUUUCUCGUCUCGAGUAUCGCUUAAUCCUUUGCGUUCUCAUGUCCCUUAUAACAAUUCACCACUCAUUAAUAGGAAACGAAUUUUGACGAAAGUUUUUGACGGUGAUUAUAAUUGCGAAGUGGAUGAUAAUGAGGAUGAGGAUGAUGAUGAUGAUGAUGAUGAGGAAGGAAGAAGCAGAGAAAAAAGACGAGUAACUCCGAUGUGGUACGAUCUGCAUCAUUCAUUUUUAAAGGAAAAUAGUGAUUUGUCAAAUAUUUUUUUUAUUAAGUUUGGUGAUAUAAUUCUCAAAUCAUUGUGGAAAUUUGAUUAG